GGCAGUUUUCGAAGUCAACUUCUUCUGCUUUUUUGUUCCGUAUCGACCGGUGGUGCCGGCGGCGUCGCGCAUUCACUUAGCUUGUUCCUUCUUUCGAGUGUUGCGCAACAGCGGAAGCAGUUGGCCAUGCCAUUUGAGAAAAGAGGAAGACGAUUUCACAAGGCGCCAGAUACAGACACGAGAGAGGGCGGCUGCAGCAAGGGCCCGCCAGCGCGGCUGCCGGGGCAGCUUUUGGCUUUGGUGAGCCUGCCGCCACACGGAGGGGCACUGCCCGAAGCCGUCGGGAUUGCGCGCAGAAGCGGCCCGGGCCGCUUUUUGGCCGGCGCCAUGUCUUUGCUUCGGGGGCGCAUUGAUGCAUCUGCAAGGAAGAGAACGAGGCGCGCAGCAUGCCCAUUGGCGCUUAGCUGCCUGCGCGCUUUUGCGGCGACUUCCAGUGCAUUUAUCUGCAGGAGACCAAAACCGCAGGGGCGCCUCUCUGUUGCAGACCAAAACCGCAGGGGCGCCGUGCGCGCACACAACGCAACACCGCUGCGAGCGAGAUCGUCGACAAAUGUUUCAAGAGUAACCCGCUGCGCCUUGUAGUGCCGCGCAAUGAGGUAGACAACUACAAGGCUCUCGCGGGGCGCGCGCAGCUUGAGGGCGGGCCAGGCAGCCGCGCGCGCGGCGCCGGGCCGGCUUUUUCGAUCGCCGAAAGGCGGGCGCCAUUGCAUGGCGCGGACGCCGGCACCGGGCGGAGCAAUUGGCCCGCGGCGCGCGCUUCCCCGCCCGGCGCCGAGCACGGCAGAAAUCUCGACACGAUAGAAAUGCGGGCCAAGGAUGAAGCAGUGGGCGCCGUAAUCCCUUCCUCAUAUCUGUAGCCAUCUGCCAUGGAAGCCGGGCCCAGCCGCUGGGGGUCCAGGCCAACGAGCCACCGCGGCGACCAAAGGGCGGCGACCCGUCGCGGUCGGCGAGCGAGGGCGCGAGCCUUUUGGAAGCACGACAUGAAGGCGCCCGCCGCGGCCGCCGGCGAAGGAAGUGAAUCAAGGCGGGGCGGGGCCUUUGGGCCAUCCGAACAGGUGUGGCACCCAGCGCGCGCGCCCGCAUGUCGCCUCCCUUGCGAAGGGGCACCCGCGCGAUGUCUUUGGCGAGUUGCACGCGCCGCCUCGGUGCCCGUGGCCGGGUUCUGAUGUUGGUGCCUCGCUAUUGAUAUCCUUGUUGUGGUAUAGCAAUAGACCAACAGCAGCAAGACCAAGAUCGGCGAGAGCGAACGCUUGCAUCUUUCGCCAGGACUUAGUAGCGGCGCUACCAACUAGGUAGGUUGUUCCUAGUCGCCCGCAUGACAAGUGGCGCAUUUAGACUUGGAGAGAAAUCACCAUGAAACCUGAACUGCGUGAGCUUGAGUAGCAACAUCGAUACGAAAUCCACCGGCGAAGAUAACAAAGCUUGUGAGCAAGAAGGAGUUUCAAGAGAGGUCCCGAAAGCUAUGACCGCACGAAAAAUUCAAUCAAAAUUAAUGAUCAUGCCUCAAAAUCCGCCCACCGCGAAAGCUGCACUUGUUCCCCUCUUCUAACUCGCGGCUCCGUUCCCGGAACGCCCGGCGAUGACGUGGGCCACGCGCGGCGGGUCGUCGAGUAGCUCCGCGCCGGGAGGAAGUGCUACCGCUGCCACUGCUUCUAGUGCACGUUGUAGCGCAAUGAAGUCUAGUGCAUCUGGAAACACCAGGAUACGGAAGUUUCUCUUUCUCCUUCCGUCCGCAACCACAACCGCCAUUCAGCUUCAUGACACGGCCGAAAUUAAGCAGACCACAACUAGUAGCAUGGUGCACUCCAAGCUCGCCGCCGCAGCACUGAAAGAAAAGGAGAUCCAAAGGGGGAAACGGAAAGAGCGACUGUCCAAGGCAGCCGUUUCCUUGCACCAGCAUCACCAGUCUGGCGGCGCAACUAGUACUAAAGAAACUUCUUCAUCUGCGGCUGCAAUCUAUUCCAAGCAUGCCAGCAGUGCGGGGGGAAAGACAAAGAAGGGGGAAAAGCAGACGAAAAUGUUUUUCACCUUCAUAGGCGAUCCAAACCCCUUCGACCAAGACGACCAACUUUUUCCCAAAGCCUGCUACCCGGAGAUCACCGAAGCGGCGGUGCGGUGCUGCAAAGCAAACAAGAACGAGACGGACAAAGUUAUGAUGGAGGAUUUGCGGGACUUGUCGGGCAGGCGGGGAGGCAACGACGAUAAAUUUUGCAACGGGCAAGGUAAAUGCAAAUUGAGAUUUUGUUUGGCUUCCAUUUGUUUCCACUCAACAACUUUUAGCCGGUUCUUCUGCCACUGAUGUUAGUGGUCGCACAUCAAGCAUCAGAGAAUUAGAAGCAGUACCUUCCACCUGAAGAGCAACAGAGGGAAAUUUGACAAAUCGUCCACGUUUUCUGCACCACAGGCGAAUGGGUCGACGGCACGCAGGUAGCCGACUUGAAGGGUCUCACCCAAGCCGAGGCGAUGCAAAUUUGCUCCAACGCCGGCGCGCGUCUGUGUGAUUUCGAGGAGCUACGCGCCGACAAGACUGCGGGGACUGGGUGCCAGUUUGACGAUCACAACAUUUGGAGCAACACCGAGUGCUACGAAGAAGGAGUGUACGUCAACAACUGGCUCACGAUCGAGGGUAUGGAUGAGAUGAAAAGUAGAGAGCACCUCGUCGUGUAAUGUUACCUCGAUCUGCAUGAGGAGUUGAGUUCACAUGGAAGUAGCACUUCAAACUUGUCAUGCGCUAGCUGCACGCAUAUUGUGUAAAAAUGCGCGCAUUCUGACAACGUUGUACUACACGGGGAUGCACUCCGACUUUUCUCAUCGAUACAAGAAAUCAGACUCUCCGAUCCAAGAUUCAUGAACGACGCGAACAAAAACGUGAGUUUUUUGCUGCUGCUUUAGCUUAUUUUCACUUCUAUGUACUGCCGACGGAUGCAAAUAGAUUUAGAUUUUGUGAUGCGAAACUGACUCGUACCAAUGAAACAACUCAGGUGAUGAUGGCCGCUGCAUUCAACUGGACCUACCCCUUGACGGCAGAGGCAGAAAAUAUGGGAGUGUCAGAAUUGAAAUCGUCAAAGUUGAAGUGAUUUGUCAUGCAUAAAAUUCGACGCAAAAAGUGCCUCUAUUGCAGAGGACGCACGGAAGGCAGAUUAUAGUCCCGGCAAGGGUCAAAAGUUGGACUGCUGACUAGCAUGACAGAAGGCAGCGCUUUUGCCCUAAACCGCAUGACAGACUCGCUUCCAAGUCCGGGAAAAUUUGCCAUGCACCGACUACAAGCAACAAACAAGUCGUGACUGAUUGUGCACAGUAGUGUAGUGCUUUAUUAUAGAAUAGCAUUUAUAGACGUAUAGGGUGAAUAGGUAGUCGUUACAACGAAAAAGCAAACACUAUAUGCGAUUAGUUCUGCGCUCUCAUGAUGAUAAGUGCACGCUAUCACUCGGUACGUCUUUCGUGUGAAUGCGUUGAACUACGUCAAUCACUCCACUGAGAUUCCGUUGAACUACCUUCGUUGCACGACCCACAACGUUUAAGUAGAUGCUGCAUUUCUCUUCGCGCGUGCCCGGCCCUCGACGCAUGACCUCUGCUGCUUUGCUCUGAUUGACCUGCUGGUUCCAAUCGCUUGGGUGGAUGUCUUGUUGCGGUUGGCCUGCUGGCUCCAACCUGUUUUUUGCUUUGCACUUCCUUGUUUUUCAGCAGCUUGUCUGCUGGCAGACGGUAAAGAGAUUAUCCUACAGUGGUGAGCAUGCACCCUCGGGCGCUGUAGGUUUGGUCAUCUUUCUCUUUACGCGAGCACCUACCCUGCUUCUGUACUUUUUGUGGUAUGUUGGCCCAUACCAGUACAGUUUUCGGUCGGGUAGGACCCCGGGUGGCGGUAGUCUGCUUCUUGUCUUGAUUUUUUGCUGCUGCUGGGCUGCUCUGCUUGCGCGCCUUUCCCUUCUUCGAUGCUGCUCUCGUUUUCCUCGUACUUGACCAGCGGAUAGAAGUGUACCAAUUCGUUGCUCUACCCACUAAAGCCCAAUCGUGACCAUGCCCGUAGGAACUACUUUAUUAAUGUCUCUACGACUUUUGACUUCAAUCUUAACCUUCACAUGUAUUCCUACCUAACUUGUGUUGUUAUUUUUUGUUUUUUCUCUGUACGACUACGAUUGGCCAAAGCGCCACCGGGACAGCCUGCCCGUAGAUCACCGAUGCCAUGCACCGACUACAAACUGUAGGCGUAACUGGUAUCCGUUCUAUGCAUGACAAACUAUUUCGACUUUGACGAUUUCAAACCUGACGCAUCCAUAGAAAAAUGCACCAAGGGGUGGAACCCGACACCAGAAAGUUUAAACGAAACGCACUACGGAAUCAUGUGGGACAGACUAGCCCGUGUGAGCAGGGUACAGAUGAUCUGAUGCAAAUGUAAGGGCGAUUGUCUGUUUUUUUCCGUCGAUGCGCGAGAAUCUUUAAGAUGUAGCUCCACUGUUUUUGAAUGUUGCUCGUCCAAUCGAUAGGCGUAAAUGCUUGUUCAAAAGGACGUAGCUACCGCCUCGUGCUCGUCCAUCACCCCCCCUUCACACGACAUCAGGUCGAGCUGUUUGCGCAGAGCAGCGAGGGCGCGGCGUUUACGACUACCACCAAGAUCAUCGGACUGAAACGCGACGAGGACGGGACACAGACGGAGAUUUUCUCCUUCGACAACAUACAAACCGUGACGCCCGACGGCAUCUCGAUUUACCUCGACACGAAACCCCAUGAACUGGUGAACACCCUGAAGCUGAUCAAAAAGUGCUCCGACCGGCAACCCUGUUUCGAGCUGUGCGGGCUGCGGGUGGCGGUUGAGAGGGCCUGGCGCAUGUGGCCCGGGGAUCCGGGAAUGUUGGAUCGAUGAGUUUUUUUCUUUGCGAUUUUUUCCCUUUUGAAACCUGAUGCAUAAGAAAGUGGGCAUGACCCAACAGAAGCCGUCUGUUGAGUAAGUACCUCAGUAUAGGACAGCUUCGUCGAAAAUGCACGAAACAGACAAAUGAGGAAACGGAACAUACACAUCUAACGAUAAAUAUAGCGAAACGAAUAGAGCUACAUCUAAAGAAAAUUUCGAAGAAAACAUCGGCGUGAACGUCAUACGAAAUCAAAAUGAAUUUGUACCAUAAGGGCAAUCUCCUCGGUUUCAUUUUUUUCAAGACAUGAAUGGGGAUUGCAGACUUGAACAGAUUCUUUCAAGAAGAAACUCCGAUAAGCAUGAACAUGACAAAAGAAGAAAAAAAAAAGUAGCGGCGAUCAUGUGUCGAAAAGCACAACCAUCGACGAUUUUCUCUCGCAUGAUUGUGCACAUAUGUAGAUACCGGGUUCUAUUAUGGAUAUUCGGCGUCACAUUGAAUUCGGCGUCCUUCCAGCACCCGCCGGGCUGGACAGGAAGAAAUCCCAGCAAAAGAAAAGGCAAGGCUCCAAGCCUAGGCGGUGGCAACUGGCGGCGCAG